CUAUUCCUCUAGUAGCGUAGCCAAUUAAAAUGCAGGAUUUGUAUUAGUCCACUAGUUGAGUGAUACUAAGGUUUAUUAUCAAACACUGGAUCAUGUUAGCCAUCGUGGUGUAUGAGCCAUUACACCAUGCUCUGCAAAUGUAGUAAGCGUAUGCGUGAUUUUUGGGGGCGCUUUUACUUUUUUUUUUAUUUUAGUUUUCUACAUUUUGGGGGUGUUUUUAAGAAUACAAUUAUUCCACUCUCCCUUGUUGGAUAUUAAAUGGUUAUAGCCAACUCGACUCGGUGCUACGCGCCUCGUUUGGCUCCUGUAUGGCAUGGUAUAAAAUAGUUAUGGAACGCUCUCUCGUGGUAUACCAUCAGAAAGUGACCCGUGUGAUAUUCCACGGUAUACCACAAGAAACGGCUACAUAACUAGUAUUUAGCAAUAAACUGAAUGACAAGAUAAUAUCGUACUGUGAUCAUCCAUUAGAAAUAGUUUAUGUAUGUCAGUUUAGUUGGAGAGGUGGACUUUAAAUAUUAAUCAUACUAACGGCACUUUUCAGAGGAUGGCUACAUUGAUCCGUAUUCCAUGACACAGGCCCUUGGUAUAGGAGCGCGGAUGUAUGGGGCCGAGAUAUACAUGCCUGCUCCAGUCACUGGGCUCAACUACCGAUCUGAUGGCAGGUGGGACGUGCAAACACCGCACGGAACGAUCAAAGCUAAGCACGUUGUUAAUGCAGCAGGCUUUUGGGGCAGAGAGAUAGGCCGCAUGACAGGGAGAGAACUUGCUUUGGGCGUGGUACAUCAUCAGUAUAUUUUUACGGGACCAAUUCCCGAAGUGGCGAACUUAAAGAAAGAACUUCCUUUUAUGAGGGACCUGGAAGGUUCAGUUUACAGCCGUCAGGAGAAGCAAGGAAUUGGGUUUGGCACAUAUGAAAGCGCGGACAAAAUGAAAAUGGAAGAUGACUGGUGGGACGCUGUUCCAGAGGGAUUUGGAAAAGAAUUGUUUGAAAGUGAUUUAGACAGCAUCAGUGACUACGUGACACAUGCAAUGAAGCGAACACCCGUCCUUGCCAAUGCCGAAAUUACAAGUGUUGUUUCAGGUCCUAUAACUUACUCCCCGGACGCUAUUCCCUUGCUCGGUCCCGAUGCAGAGAUCCCUAAUAUGUGGCUGGCCCUCGGGACGGGUUAUGGGAUUGGUCUCGCGGGAGGGGUCGGUAAAUAUCUAUCUGAUUGGAUGAUCGAUGGAGAGCCACCAUAUGAUCUCAUCGAAUGUGAACCUGGUCGCUAUGGCAACUGGAUUACAAGGGAAUAUGUGUUAGCGAAGGCUCGAGAGACGUACGGUCUAAAUAAUGAGAUGAUACAUCCUAAAUUAGAGAGAUGGGCGGGUCGCCCUGUCAGGACCAGUCAAAUAUACGAGAGACUUUGCCAGCAUGGUGCACAGAUGGGACUCCGUGCUGGAUGGGAACAACCUAACUGGUUCGCGCUUCCUGGAGACGAACCAGGGUAUAAACCCAGCUUUCGACGAACAAACUGGUUUGAGCCAGUUGGUCGCGAAUGUGACAUGGUGCUGAAUAAAGUUGGUAUCAUAGACUUGUCGCCUUAUGGGAAAAUAGAGGUGAAGGGAAAAGAUGCAGCCUCUUUUAUGGAUAUGAUCUUCGCCAAUGAACUACCUAAAAUGGGACACUCAAACAUAAGUCACAUGCUGACGCCGAGGGGUAAAGUGUACGCUGAAAUGGCUGUCACGUGCUUGGCACCGGAUCACUAUUUUCUGGUCACUGGAAGUGCCACUGAGUUACACGAUCUAAGGUGGCUGUUGGAAAACCAACGUAAAUUUAAUUACGAUGUCACUAUCAAGAACAUCACGGACGACAUUGCCUGCCUGGGCGUCGCCGGACCUCACUCACGUGAUGUCCUGUCAAAGCUGACGUCAUCAGACAUGGGUGACGAGAAGUUCCCAUAUCUGGCGUUUAGGAACAUAGAGGUAGCAGGACUUGCCGUGCAAGCUAGUCGGUUUUCCUUUACAGGGGAAUUAGGUUGGGAGCUGUUUCACAAGAAGGAACAUACAUCUAAGCUGUAUGAAGCACUCUUGACAGCUGGUGACGAUCAUGGUAUUGGAGACUUUGGUUCGUAUGCCUUAAAUUCGUUGAGACUGGAGAAAGGAUUUCGUUCGUGGGGCUUUGAGAUGAAUAUGUCAACCAACGCUGUUGAGGCAGAUUUGAUGUCGUCGAUAAAAUUAAACAAGGUAAGAGGCGUUUCUCAAAUUCAUGGCGUGACUUGUGACACUGAUGUAGUAACGCAACCCAAACAAACCUUUGCUCCUUAUUCAUUCAAACAGGGGGUCCAUUUCAUCGGACGAGACGCCUUGUUGAAACUGAGCAAGGAUGAUUGCGAACGUGUAUUGUGUUUCCUAACGAUGGAUACAACAGAUGUGGACCCUGAAGGGAACGAGACUGUUUGGUAUGCUAAUAAGGUUGUAGGAUUUACUUCAAGUGGUUCGUACAGCUAUCAGCUAAAGAAGAGUAUAUGUUUCGCUUAUUUGCCACCUUCCCUGACCGAACCGGGCUCUCGAGUGGAAGUGGAAAUGUUAGGAAACAAAUUUCCAGCAGUGGCCGUUCAGCAGCCAUUGUUUGACCCAGAACCGAUCCGCGCAAAGAGAUGAUAGAAGACAGAAGCAUGUUCUCUCCGUUUGAGGAAACGUCUUCACUCUUUUAUUACUCCUUUUAGUAGCUUUUAUUUCAGUCUUGCUUCUGUCUUGCAAUGUGAAAUACGUGAAAACUUGCUGUUCUCUAAUUACUUAUCCUGGUCUUUCGAACACUCCGCCACCCACUCGAGUGUGGGAUGUAGGGUUGGUUUGUUACAGUGCAAUAUCUGUGUCAUUUUGUCAACGCUUCCUUUAUUAACAUGUCCCCACCAAAUUCGAAAAUAACUGCAUUAGUAUUGAGGUUUUGAUGGGAUAUCAAAAAGAGAAAUGAAAUGACCAGAGUAGAAGGUUUAAAACGCUUUGCUUCGUAUCCAAACCCCAUGAUACAUGAUACAAGUCCAUACAUGAUAAAGUUUAACCUUCAUUCCCGGAAGUUUUGAUUCUGUUAAUUGCUGGCAGUUUCAAGGAAAGGUUCCUCUACAGUAUGCUUCACCUGUCUUUGGGUCGUGAUAAGUAUGUGGUGCAAUAGUAUGUAAAAAGACUACCAAGCGAAAUGAAAAAAUGGGAAAGAAACAAAACAAAGUGGUGAAUUAACUUGCGGUAAAUCAGCAACCGUCAUAGGUGUAUGUACAUGUCGAUAUAAGAGGUGAGAAACUUUCUGGACUAACACUCCGAAUGGUUGAUUCUGAGUAAGACUUACCAGGGCAAAAUCAUACAGUGCAUUUCAGUCCAGUUCGAAGGGAAUAUGUUUCAACAUUAACUCUUGUAUUUACGUAGUCAAUGGUAAAGUGUAUGCCUCUCUGUUUGCA